AUGGCCCCUGUUAUCAAGACGGUAGCCAUUGCCGGAGCCACCAGCACUACCGGCGCACCAAUCUUUAGCGCCCUUAUCGCUACUGGACUUUUCCAAGUGACCGUCCUAACCCGCAAAGGCUCUAAGCACAUAUUUCCAAUGGGGGUUGCUGUCAAGCACGUCGACUAUUCAUCUGUUCCUGAACUCACGGAAGCUCUUAGGGGCCAAGAUGCGCUUAUUAACACCACAAACAUCGUCGAAAGCAUCCCCCAGAUCAAUCUCAUUGAUGCAGCCGUCAUGGCUGGUGUCUACCGCUAUCUGCCCUCUGAAUACGGGCUCAAUAACAACAAGCCAGAGAUCGGGGAGCUGCCCGUUUUCAAGGCUGCUUCCGAAGGCUUGAAGCAUAUGCGAGAGAAGUGUGCCGCCUCUGGCGGUGCCACGACAUAUACGGACGUACAUAACGGCGGCCUCCUAGACUGGGGCUUCGAGACGGGGUUCACGGGUAUCUUGCUACGCGAGCGUGUCAUAACACUCUAUGACGAAGGGUCUAACGAGAUUGCCUACACGACACGUGAAUGGCUUGGCAAGGCCGUGGUCCGUGUGCUAACGCACCCUGAAGAGACGGCUAACCGACCAGUCUAUAUUGCGAACACGUACGCGAGCCAGCAGAAGUUCUUUGCCUUGUCACAGGAAGUGUUGGGUGACGAAGGCUGGACAGUCAAGCAUCGGAAUACGGACGAAAUGUUUGCAGAGUCGAUGACGAAGCUCACAUCAGGCGACAUUGGAAUGGAAAGCCUCCUAGACUUUAUCCAUGUUGCGGACAAUAAUCCUAAGUACGAGACAAGGUGGGAGAAGGAUGACAACGAGUUGCUCGGUAUUCCUAGGUUCUCCGAUGAGGAUAUUAAGGCUGUUAUAAAACGGCUCGUACCUUAUGUUGGCCUUUGA